CCCCAGCCUGGGCUAACGAAACCCAGGAGAUGGGGAGGGGCCCGAUAGUCGUAGCGUGCUUGUUGCCGAGAAACAGGUAUUUUCCGUGUAUAUGUAAAAAUCCCCUGCACUUUUAGUACAAAGCUCUAGUGUUUAAUUAAAGGGGGGGUGGGGAGGAAAGUUUGAAAGGUUUGAAAUCUCUGCGGGGAAUAAAGUGCCUCUGGUAGGGGUAAAGCAGAGGAGCGGGGAAAGGUGAAAUUUCUCGAUGGUGGGGGAAGGGAGAGAAUUUACUAGGUUUCCAGUGGCGGGGGACAGUGUAAGGCUGGGAUAAGUUGUUUGAGGUUUGUAAGCCCGGGCGGGGGAGGGUUUUGUUUGGAAAGCCCUUCUCUCCGGUUCCUAGCAGGCAGUGUUGCAUUGCAGCAGAAGCAGCAGCGUUUUCCCUUCCUCUGUAAUCAAUACAAUUAUUUUUCUCUUCAGCCCCAAAGGAAGGGCUUGGAUGUACCGUGGUGAAAUGCUUUUUGAUUGAUACGGUGAAACAUAUGGUGUGGUGGGUUUUUUUUUUUUUCAUUUUUGUUUCUCCAGUUGUGUAGGAGAAUAAACCAUGAUGUGGUGUGUCAUUCAUUGGAGACCACCCACCACCCACCCCAAGCCUUUCCUAAGCUUGUUUUGUGUCCAUAACCUCCUGCUUUUGGAUUGGCGCAAGACUUAGUGGGAAAGGGGACUUCGUAGACUGGAGGGUGAUGCAUUUUGCGUUAUCAUCCUUAAAGGCCUCCCUUUCAGGUUAAACAAUUGUGGAUGAAGUAAAUUACUGUUUCUUCCUCCCGAGAUAGUCUUUCAGUCCAUUUGGAUUUGAAUCUCCUUUGUGUUAAAGAUUAAUGGCCGACGGUUGCCAAGACCUUUAUAAUGUAAUGAAAUGAGAUUUGAAUAAUAUCUACAAAUUCCUUUUCUUUGGCCUGAAAAAUGUUGUCUUUGGAUUUUUUUUUCCCCCUUAUUUUAAGUAAGUUCUGUUUGAAACUUUAGCUUUUAUUAACCCCCCUCCAAAAAAAAAAAAAAAUCAGGGUUGAACACAGUCCCACUUCACUUUUCAGUAUAUUUUAUGUGCUGGGUUCACUUAGGCUUACUAUGAAUUUUCCGGAUUCCAAGUGACAGAUCUUUAUGUUAGUGUUAAAUUUUUGCCAAGUGACCCCUUUUCCGGGGUGAUUCCACACAACUCAUUUCAAACGUUUAAAAAGUAAUUAUGGCAUAGAAACCAAGAUUAAUCUUUGUAAAAUGCAGGUUGAGACAUUUCAGUUAUAUUUCUGUGCAUUUUUUUCCCCUAAGCUAUUGAUGGCCUUGAAAAUUCAGAAACUGUUAAAUACAUGACUGUUCUGGCUGGCAACAUUACAUACUGUUGAUUUGGACUUCGGUGACUUAAUGCUAUAGUAGCUUAUAGUUUUUUUUUUUCCAGACUUGCAGUAAUUUUCCUUAAAACAAUAAAAGGACAAAAUGAAGCAGGGUAUUUUAGCAUUUGAUUAAAGCCAUUUGAAAGCUUAUGGGGGAAAAAAAAAGCAUAUUAAAGUUUGAAGUAUUUGGUAAAACUUAAAUACCAUACGCUGUCAGUCAAAUCACGUCCGGACUUAGAAAUUCUAGUUUCUAGUAAAAUAUAACGUCUGUUUAUAAGGCUGCUUUCUUGUGUAUAUCAUAUUAGUUGUAGAGAGAGAAAUCACACUGAGGUUCUUCCAGCAGUGUUAGUAUAGAAGGUCCUCUUCAGGUCUGAGAAGUUUGAGCAGUCUGCAGUAAUUCUUUGUAGGCUGGUUUUGAAUAAUUUAGGAGCAGAGAAGAGGAUCGGCUAGGUUUUCACUUUGAAAGGCUUUGGGUUGUUCAGCAGCUAGUGUGUGCAGCCUGGGUGUGAGCAGUUGCUUAGAUAGCUGUGAGGGUAGUGUGGCUUGGUAUGAGGUAAUCUCUGAUGCUGUAGGAGAAAGUUAACCUUUUAAUGGAAUGGAUUCCCCGUCCCCCAGGUUAUAUGAAGAAUAGUUCUGGUGUUUCAAAGGCCACCCAGAAAUAGGAAUAUUGUGUAGGAAUUUCCAUUAAGUUGGUCAGAACUCUGAAGUAAUAAGUGUCUUACAGAAUUGAGUAUUUGUGGUAGGUUCUCUCAGAUGUUUUAGUUUUAGGAACAGCGUGUUUUUGUCACAUAGUGUACCCUUCUUAUACAGAAGGGAACUGUGCAUUCCUGAAAGUCUUGAGAUACGCUCCACAUGUAAAGUGCUAUGUAUAGAUUUAUUAGGUUUUGAUUUACAAGGACAGGGAAUGAGUUGAGGGUGGAAAAGGCCACAAACCAAAAAAAUAACAGAGAUUUGUAGUAGCCUGUUGAGUUUUGGUUCUGUACUGUUUUUUUCAUUUGUAAUGUUUCAAAAGCAUGUAAGAUUCUUUGUGACUGAAAAGUGUGUAUGGGAUUAUAUCUUCUAAAAACUAGUUGACCACUCAAAUUUUUCUCUUUCUCUUUUGUUAAACAGAAGAACCUAUUAUAAUUAAAAUAGUUUCCUAUAGGUCUGAUUUCUAGGAAGAGCUCAGAAAAUUUUGGAUUGACAUUUUUGUGCCAUAUUGUAUGGUCUUGGUUACUGUAGCACUAGAUACUCAGACUUUCUCAUAUUAAAAAAGCAUAAUGUGGUUAUGAGGAUUUGACCAAAGGUACUUAGAGUGACUAUGAGCUAAGCAUAUAAUUUCAUGGACACACACACACCCAGUAUUACAUAUUACAUAUACAAAUCAAUGAUAAAAAGGUAUAUAUGUGUAAAGCUGUAUAUAGUUUACUCAUUUGCUUUUUGAGACAGGUCUCAUGUAUUCUAUGCUGGCCUGAGACUCAAUUGUAUAACUGAGGAUGACCUUAAUUCUGAUUCUCCCACCUCCACCACUAGAAUGCUAGGAUUACAGGCUUUAUGCUGUGCUGGGAUGUCUACCCAGGGCUCGCAAGACAAACAUUCUGCCAACUGAACACAUCUGUACCCCGAUUCAAAGCUGGGUGAUUCUUUUCCUGGGUUGUGAGGAUCGAAUUCAGAAGGUGCUUUGUGUGCUUCCCUUGUUUUGAGAUACAAAGUUACAUUAGACUAGUUGUACAAAACUUUUGGACAGUUUGCUUAACUGUUGACCUUAUUUAAGGUUGUCAACUAGGUUGCAUUUUGCUAAUGUAGUCCAAUGGGUAGGGGAUAACAUGCAGAUGAGGGCAGUGUUACAUUUCCAGGGAUUGAGGGGAAGAAUGCCAGGCAUUCAUUGGUAAAGUUUGCUUGACACAUGGGUCCAGAGAGUGGUUCCAGGAAUGCUACUUAUCUAACCGUUUUGUGCCCAGCCUUAUUGGGUAGGUGAGGAACCUUUUUUUUUUUUUAGUUUUCUUUUUGUGUAUAUGAUAAGUCUUUGAAACUCUAUGGCUUUGCUCCCUCAACUAACACCAAUGAUAAAUUUAAUAUGCAUAUAGAGGUGCAAUGAAGGGACAGAGGAUUCCGUCUUGUUAAUUGAACGUAUUGGUAGAAGGUAAUCCCAUUAUUUCAGGGCAUUGUAAUGUUAAGAUACAUAUCCAGGAAGGGAUGUGCUUGCAGCUGUGACUCUUCCACAGAGGUUUAUUUUAGAAGUGGGAGCUACAUAUUCGGGGUGUUUGUUUGUUUUUUCAAGGCAGGGUUUUUUUUUUGUUUGUUUGUUUGUUUUUUUGUUUUUUUUUUUGGUUCUUUUUUUUUUUUUUUCCCAGAUCUGGGGACCGAAUUUGUUUUUUUUUUUUUUUUAAUAACCUUGGCUGUCCUGCAAACUCACUGUGUAGACCAGGCUGGCUUCAGACUCAGAGAUCCACCUGCCUCUGCCUCCUGAAUGCUUGGAUUAAAGGAAUGCACCACCACCAGGCCGUCUUCAGGAUUUUUUUGGGUUUUUUUUGUUUUUGUUUUUGUUUUUAUUUUAUAUUUUUUUUAUUUUCAUUUUCAUUUUUUUUAAAGAUUUAUUUAUUUAUUAUAUAUGAGUACACUGUAGCUGCCUUCAGACACAUCAGAAGAGGGCAUCAGAUCUCAUUACAGAUGGUUGUGAGCCACCAUGUGGCUGCUGGGAAUUGAACUCAGGACCUCUGGAAGAGCAUUCGGUGCUCUUAACUGUUGAGCCACCUCUCCAGCCCUCAUUUUCAUUUUUUAUUAACUUGAGUAUUUCUUAUUUACAUUUUGAGUGUUUUUGUUUUUAAAGAUUUAUUUAUUAUAUAUGAGUAAAAUGUAGCUGUCAGACACACCAGAAGAGGGCAUCAGAUCCUAUUACAGAUGGUUGUGAGCCACCAUGUGGUUGCUGGGAAUUGAACUCAGGACCUCUGAAAGAGCAGUCAGUGCUCUUAACUGCUGAGCCAUCUCUCCAGCCCCAGGGUGUUUUUUUUUUUGUUUUUGUUUUUGUUUUUGUUUUGAACGUCAAUUUUAUAAUUGAUAUAUGUAUGGAUAAGUAGAUAUGAUUUACUUCACCUUUAAUAUUCAGGGUUUUGGAAUAAGCAAAGUAAUUAGGCAGUCACUGUUUGGAAUGUAAGGAAGAAGUUACAUUAGUCGCUUCAAUAUUUUAUCUUACGUACAACUUUAGAGCAGGGGUCAUUGUGUAACUUUAAGAAUACCUAGUCUUUAUUUUGAGAGUAAGGAGGUGUUUAGAAAAGGAGAUGUCAGUUUUAUGUAGUUGCUGGGUAGUGAAUCCUUAAGCCCUUAUGUUCCCCUCCGUCCCCCAACCUCCUCUUUGAGAUCGAUGGCGUUGAGAAGUAAAGGUUAGAGAGAUGUCUGAGUUAUCACGGGAAGUGGCACUGUAUAAUAAAAGCCUGAGAACUUUGCAUUGUGGGAAGACACGGAGCAAAGAGCCUUCCUUGUUAUACCUGAGUAACCCCAAUUUUUUUUUUUUAAGUUCUAAGGGAUCUAAUACUCCACUCUCAAGUCAUACCACUAGCCCAAGGUUCUGUAUUUUCAUAUUCAUGUUACCAGUAAAAUACUUGACCAGUACUGUCUGUACGCCAAUGCGUUUGCCUUUGACGGGCAUUCUUUUGGAAUCCUACGGGCUAACAGUCACAGUCACAGCUUUGGAGUGCCUGUAACAUUCUAGAACUGUACUGGGCACAGCUCUGGUGGGAUGUAUAGUAUAGUAUUCUUAGGUACAGGGAUUAAUAAAGUCACUUGAACAAAAACCAGCAGCAUCACUACUACAAGAAUGGAUGUAGAAUUUGUAUCUUACUCGAUACCAAAGCUCAGAAGUAGCCAGAGCCUCAGAAUCAGUGAACAGAGUAUCUGUCAGGCAAGAGCUGCUGUGAUGGUUUAUGAUGAUGCCAAUAAGAAAUGGGUGCCAGCUGGUGGCUCAACCGGGUUCAGCAGAGUACAUAUAUAUCACCAUACAGGCAACAACACAUUCAGAGUGGUGGGCAGAAAGAUUCAAGACCAUCAGGUUGUGAUAAACUGUGCCAUUCCUAAAGGACUGAAGUACAAUCAAGCUACACAGACUUUCCACCAAUGGCGGGAUGCUAGACAGGUGUAUGGUCUCAACUUUGGCAGCAAAGAGGAUGCCAAUGUCUUCGCAAGUGCCAUGAUGCAUGCCUUAGAAGUGUUAAAUUCACAGGAAGCAGCCCAGAGCAAGGUUACUGCUACCCAGGACAGCACUAAUUUGCGAUGUAUUUUCUGUGGGCCAACAUUGCCUAGACAGAAUUCACAGCUACCUGCUCAAGUUCAAAAUGGCCCAUCCCAAGAAGAGAUGGAAAUCCAGAGAAGGCAACUGCAAGAGCAGCAGCGACAGAAGGAGCUGGAGAGGGAGCGAAUGGAGAGGGAAAGGUUGGAGAGAGAACGACUAGAACGAGAGAGGCUAGAGAGGGAGCGCCUGGAACAGGAGCAGCUGGAGCGGCAGAGGCAGGAGAGGGAGCACGUGGAGCGCCUGGAAAGGGAGCGCCUGGAGCGGCUGGAGAGAGAGAGGCAAGACCGAGAGCGAGAGCGCGAGCGCCUGGAACAGCUGGAGCGAGAGCAAGUGGAGUGGGAGAGAGAGCGCAGAAUGUCCAAUGCUGCUCCAUCUUCAGACAGCUCCCUGUAUAGCGCUCCACUUCCUGAGUAUUCCAGUUGCCAGCCUCCUUCAGCACCUCCUCCAUCAUACGCUAAAGUCAUCUCAGCUCCGGUGUCAGACGCCGCUCCUGAUUAUGCUGUAGUGACUGCUUUGCCACCUACUUCCACACCCCCUACACCACCACUGCGACACUCAGCGACACGUUUUGCAACAUCUCUAGGUUCAGCCUUCCACCCUGUUCUUCCCCAUUACGCCACAGUUCCUCGUCCUCUGAACAGAAACUCUCGACCUUCUUCUCCUGUGAACACACCCUCUUCUCAGCCUCCAGCUGCGAAGUCCUGUGCCUGGCCUACUUCCAAUUUCUCGCCCCUCCCUCCAUCUCCUCCAAUAAUGAUUAGCAGCCCCCCUGGCAAAGCUACUGGCCCACGGCCUGUCCUUCCCGUUUGUGUCUCCUCUCCUGUGCCCCAAAUGCCUCCGUCACCAACAGCACCCAAUGGGUCGCUAGACUCUGUAACAUACCCAGUGUCUCCACCGCCUACCUCAGGGCCAGCAGCGCCACCUCCGCCGCCACCGCCACCGCCGCCACCACCACCACCACCGCCACCGCCGCCGCUGCCUCCCCUCGCCUCACUCUCACACUGUGGAUCACAGGCUUCUCCUCCUCCAGGCACCCCUCUUGCCUCAACUCCCUCAUCCAAGCCCAGUGUUCUCCCUUCUCCCUCUGCAGCUGCCCCUGCCUCUGUGGAGACCCCUCUAAAUCCUGAGCUGGGAGACUCCUCUGCUUCCGAGCCAGGCUUGCAGGCAGCCUCUCAGCCGGCCGAGACGCCAGCCCCACAGGGCCAUGUCUUGGGACCACCUGCACCUCCACCACCACCCCCCCUACCAUCAGGCCCUGCCUAUGCUUCAGCACUUCCCCCUCCUCCUGGACCCCCUCCACCACCUCCACUGCCAUCCGCUGGACCUCCUCCUCCACCGCCUCCACCACCCCCUCUUCCUAAUCAAGUUCCUCCCCCUCCUCCACCACCUCCUGCCCCUCCCCUCCCCGCAUCUGGAAUUUUCUCUGGAUCCAUGUCAGAAGACAAUCGCCCUUUAACUGGACUUGCAGCUGCAAUCGCGGGAGCAAAACUUAGGAAAGUGUCUCGGGUGGAGGAUGGCUCUUUCCCAAGUGGAGGAAAUACUGUGAGUGUGAACUUGGCCUCAUCCAAAACAGAUUCUGGUCGUGGCAAUGGACCCCUUCCUCUAGGGGGCAGUGGCUUAAUGGAAGAAAUGAGUGCCCUGCUGGCCAGGAGGAGAAGAAUUGCUGAGAAGGGAUCAACAAUAGAAACAGAACAAAAAGAAGACAGAAGUGAAGAUGCAGAGCCUGUAACUUCUAAGGCAGCAUCAACAAGUACACCUGAACCAACCAGAAAACCUUGGGAAAGAACAAACACAAUGAACGGCAGUAAGUCACCUGUCAUCUCCAGACGGGAUUCUCCAAGGAAAAAUCAGAUUGUUUUUGACAACAGGUCCUAUGAUUCAUUACACAGACCCAAAUCCACACCUUCCUCACAGCCAAGUGCCAAUGGGGUCCAGACAGAAGGGCUUGACUAUGACAGGCUGAAGCAGGACAUUUUAGAUGAAAUGAGAAAAGAACUUGCAAAGCUGAAGGAGGAGCUCAUUGAUGCAAUCAGGCAGGAACUGAGCAAGUCGAAUACUGCAUAAAGAAGCAAACUAAGGAGGGACAGGACUUGAAUCUGGAGAAAAACAAAAAUUCCUACAAACAACUGUUAACAACCCCCAAAAUUUUUAAGCUGUAAGAAGAAAAUGGAUACACAGUCAGGAGGGAAAACCGCCAACCUCUGGAAGCCUUCAGACACAGUGACUCUGGCGAUCAGCUGUUCCCUCAGUGUGCUGCUUUUAUUCUGACCUUUACCACAGGAUGGAGAAUUAUAUUUGAGUUCCCUUAGCAGUACUAAACCCGUCAGGCAAGAUCACCGUGCACUGAAAUAUUUUCAUGUCUAGAUGAAUCUGCACGUUUUCCAUAAUCCAUUGCUAAAAUAAAGACGAAAAAGGCUUAAGAGGUUUUUUUCAGAGGGCGCUGAUGAAGAAUUUAAUUUAGUAAGUUCUGCUGUUGCAUUGUAAACGUUUCUCUCAGGUUUGUCUUCCUAUCAUAUUCGAUAUUCCGUGCAUAGUUAAGACCAUAAGUAUGGAACAAAUGGGAUUGUAUGUGCUUUCAAAGGGUGGUGUCUGUAAGGAAGGUCCUAAAAUGUUUAGCCCACUGGAGGAAUUUUAGAAUGAUAGGAAGCCUCUCGGGUUAGCCUUCAUGCAAUUUUGUAGUUUAAAACAUAAAGUCCGUCCAGAAAUUAAAGAUUUAGAUGCCUUCCUAAAUUGUUACAAUGCUUUACCAAAUCUAUGACUUCUAUAUAACCAACAGUGGUCAAAUGUAAAACAUUCUAUUAUAGAUUUACUGUAGGUUUUCAACCUUUUUUAGACAUAUGCAUGUGGACAUUUUUAUAAUGUAAUUACAAUCACCACACAGUUAGCUUUUUUAAUUACAGACAAUAAUGCACGUCACACUAAUAUGUAGUGGCCCUUUCAAGGCCUAGUCCCAGGGAAAACAUUUUGUAGAAUAUAGGGAAGUGGGAGGAAGGGAAGGAAUCAUUUUUUUAUUUAAAGUUAAUUUCUGCACUAUCCUUUUUUCUUCAAUUAUCUGCAUGAAUUAUAAGAGAGAUACUUUGUGACUUUAAUCAGUAAACAUGUUAACAAGACCAAGCACUUACAUCUUUUACAUCAUGUCUUCAACUAUUUGUAUUUUAACCAACAAUUUCAACGCCCUGAAACAUGAUUCUGAUUUCACAUGAAUUACGUCUCACUGUGGAACUCCAACGUCUGAUCCCUGAAUUUGGCAGAUAUUGUCACUAGGUUCCCACAGUGCUGCGGUGUCUGGGUGCCUGCUCCUGGCUUUGAAGCACUCCUGACCUUUGUUGUGCUGAAGUACAAGAAAUGUCAGUGGUGGCCGCAACCAGGGUCACAGAAGUCACUAGGGAGAGGGAACCUGUGAGGGUUUGGCAGUUUCCUUUUAAUAAAACUAAAGUGAGGCUUAAGUGGUAGGAAGUGUCCGAUGCUGUUACACCCUGAGCACGUGUGUGUGUGUGUGUGUGUGUGUGUGUGUGUGUGUGUGUGUGUGAGAGAGAGAGAGAGAGAGAGAGAGAGCGCACAUGUGAUAGAUAUGUUCCACCCCUUUAUUGAAAUUUAUAAUUGGCAAGAUUAAAAUAAGGGAGGGAUUCUGUGUUGUAGUGUUAGCUUUUUAGAAAAUCUAGGAAAUCAAAGAUUCUCCUGGCUCUCCAUCAUGGUCUAUGCUUGAGUUAUUAAUGUGCCAUAUUUGCUUUGGAAUCUUUGGUUAUCAACUUUUACUAAAACAUAGAAUCCACUUUGAUUUGCUUUCUAGAUUUCAUGUGUCUCAGCUGUAAAGCGAACCUUGAUGAGAGUAGUUUUCUACAUCCUGCAGUCUGCAGUUGACACCGCUGCAGAGAUGUUUGAAAGAGGAGUUUUUACUGGUUUUUUAUUGUUGUUAAGAGUUUCUGUUUCUGUAGAAACUUACUUCAUUUUUAGAUUAAAGUGUGAGGGACGAGCUGUUGUAAUCCAACUCUGGCUGUUUUUCUGCCCCUUCUACAUUGUCUUGCAGACAUAGUAAAGGCAUUAAAGAUGCAGCAAGCUUGUCAGUUGUUCUCGAAAAGAGGUAGGCAUCUCAUUUGCUGCCGAACUUUUGAUUAUGCAACUACUUUGAUAGUGUAAAUGUGUCAUAUCCCUUACAGAUCUGAUCAAAAGUCACUUUUCUUUUUGUUGCUAAGGUUAAGUAGUCUGUAGUAGGUAGAGUACUGGUUAUAAAUGGUCCAAAGUGAGACAGAAAGCUAAGGUCAAAUGCUAAGUCCUAAAAGAAGCUGGUUUAUGCACUAAACGUUUUGUGCCUUGGUCUAAUAUUUAACACAAUGUCUGUAAAAUGACAAAAAAAGAAAAAAAAAAGAAAAACGAAAAAGAACCGCUGUUGACUCAUGCUGUAUCCGUACCCUCCAUCGUAUUGCGUUGUCCCACAUGACUACACGUGCUCUGCCCUGGAGGCUUACGUGGACUCUUCUGUACAUUCACUGUCACACAGCAGGAGAGUCCUGCGUGUCAUUGUUAGAGAUUUCAGUGACUCAAAUGGGAAACACAAGCUCGAGUUACUUUCCCAGAACUGUCCCCCUGGAACCAUACUGUGACGAUGGGUUCUUGCUUCUGUGUGCUGAAUGUCUUCAGCUGAGGACAGUUUAGGGAUUCUCUCUAAUGACAGGAAGGCACUGCUCUCCUCAACACUGUGAUCUGACCUGCGACAAUUCUACAAUACACUCUGUGAAUGGCUAGCAAGUCCAUAGCAAACAAACUGAAUGUACAAGCCUUAGCGUGGUGCUGAAAUCCCUUCAGAGUAGUAACCGUGAUCUCAAAGUCUGUUUAAAAUCUACGAGCAUCAUGUGUCAAUCGGAACUAAAGAUGAAACACUGAUGAAUGUUCAAUCCUCAUGCUGCAGGUGUGGUUCCUGUUUAGCUUUUCAGUUCUCUGCUGUUACCACCGUAACUGUUCCAUUUAAAUCUCCUACACGGCGACUUCAUCUGUGCGGUUAAAAUAAAAUUGCAGUGUAUACUGUUUCUGGUUUGUGACACUACAUGGUCUUCUGAAAGAAUGUGUUAAUUCUAAACCAUGAAACAAGCACCUUAUAAAGCCCAAGGCGUCACUGUUUACAGUUUACACAUCACGUCACUGUUCUUUAAAGAUUUCAUCCAAGUCAGGAAUAGUGAAUGACACAACGGGGAUGCAUGGUGAUCUCUGCCUUCUGACUGCAGGAAGUGCCAUGCGUUCCUUCUGUCUUACAUUCCUUCUGUCUCAGUUCAGCCUGACAGUGUCUUUUAAGUCAAGAUGGUGGGAAAUGGCUUACUCCAUUUUUUGUUCCAUAACACGGAUCACAUAUAGUUCACCUCAUUUACACAGUUCAUUUUUCUUUGUGUGAUUUUCAUAUUAAAGAAUAUUGCCAAGUAAUUGACUUUAAAUGUAGCAGUCUGUACCAUCUACAGUGAUCUUUUUAAAUUGGCUUUAUGUGUAUAUGCCUCAGCACGUUUGUCUAUAUUAUAAAGUGUCGUUUUUGAGUUUAUUUUCAAACUGUAAUGUCAUUAGAAGUACAACAAUCGUGUGGGGUGUGGGUGUGUUUCUCUGUGUAUGUUGUGUGUGUGUGUGUGUGUAUGUAUGUAUGUAUAUAAUUGUGUAUAUGUGUGUUUGUGUGUUUAUGUGUGUACAUCUCUGCAUAUGUGUGUAUAUGUCUGUGUGUAUGUUUCUGUGCAUGUGUAUGUAUGUUUGUGUGUAUAUAUGUAUGUGUGUAUAUCUCUGUAUGCAUGUGUAUGUAUGUCUGUGUGUAUGUACAUGUGUGUAUGUAUGUGUAUAUAUGUGAGUGUGUGUGUGUGUGUGUGUGUGUGUAGUGUGUGUUUGUGUGCCCCCCGCCCCCUUAAGCAGACCCCAGUCUCUAUCUCGGGCCUCUGCAUCCUCUGUGUACUUCCUGUUCCUGGUACUGAUUGGCGUUUGUAACCACUCUAUUGCCCACUGAUGUGAAAACAACAGCUGGUUUUUCUUUUCAUUUGCCUGGCUAAAAUUACUAUCUCUUAACUUUUAUCCAUCUUUUUAGUGAUGCUGAGAACUCGUGCUUUUAUGGUUCAGGUCUUGCAAAGGUGAACUUCAGAACGUGUUGGCAUUUCUUCUCGUUGCCAUAAGAAUUGUUAAGCCCUUUACGAUGGUCUCUUGUCCUGUGGAUGUACCUGUAAGCCGGCAUCCUAGAGACAGAAACAGGAGGAUUGUGGAUCUGAGGUCAGGCUGGGAUGCAUAGAGAAACUUUGUCUAAAGCAAACCAGUAAAGUGCUGCAGGUCAUACACAUAAUACUGACACCAUGUCUCAGAGUGUAAAGGAACUCGAGUAUAGAGGGACACAAAUGCAGAUCGUAAAGGGGGCACCUGUCCCUUUGUCAUGCUAGAAAACCCACUGUUCCUAAAGACAGUCUAGUUUUCACUUCCAAACUCAAACCUGUUCCUGAGUGCGCCAUUUUUUGUUUUCAAUACAAUUGGUAUCUGAUCAUCUCCCCAGAGCUCUGAGAAAUAGAAAAGGAUCCUAAGAAUUUACUGGAGUUGAUACCUCUGACUUUCUGGUUAGAGCCAUUUACUCCUUCAUAAGUUCAGUUUUGUUUUGUUUUGUUUUUUCUUUAAGUCAAAACUUGCUGUAUUUUAAAGAACCGCAGUUACUCUGGUCAGUAACUUAUGUGAAGAUCGCAGAGAACAUGUACUUAGAGGAAUUGUUUUUUGUUAAGCAUACAACUGUUUGACUAAGAAGCUAAAAUUAGCAAUCUCUCAAGAGAAGCCAUUUAUUUAUGCCAAAUAUUCUUGGGGUUGAGGGUGGGGAUAGGAUACAAUCUUUCUGUUCCUAACAUCAAAAUAGGCUGUGGACUAAAUCUUGUUCUCUUAGGUUUCUCGUAAUGGUUUUUUGAAGUACCAAGAUUCUUUUUAAAACCUCUUUGUGGAUGAAUAAGAUGAGUAUAUCCCUGUAGAAACCAGUGUUCAACCUUGACGCCCAUGUCCUUUGAGACAGGGCCACAAAUUCAGCCAGUGAGUCUCCGGGAUCCUCCUGUCUCUGUUGCCUGCUGCUGGGUGUACUGGCUUGUACCACCACACCCAGCAUUUUUGCAUGGGUUCUGGGAUCUAACUGGUGACCUUGUGCUUGCAAUGGAAGCGUGCUUCCAAUUUAGCUGGCUUUCUAGGCCUGCCCCCCAUUUUGUCUUAAUAUCUUAAUGUUGGAACAGUGAAACAUUGCACGUUCGAACUGUAAGAUUGAUGAGUUAAUUAGAAGAGAAAGUAAAGUGAAACAGUGAGUUCACAGGGUUAUGGGACAGGUGCCUUCUGUCAGUAUUCUACUAAUGAAUAGUCACCUUGCAGAAGGGAAACUGGGCUUUGGGGUAAAAAUGUGAGCUUGAAAGUCUUUCCAAGCGUGAACUGUGUUCAUUUGUAAAGCAGCAGUCACUGAAUGAAAGGGUAGAAAGUGACUUGGUCAUUGUGACUUGAUUAAAUAGAACGUUCUACAGUCGUUGGUUGUAUCUGUUGAAAGCUAAAAGUCUGGAUCAUGUGAGGAGGAGACGUUUGGGAAAUGGUUUUCCCUUCUGCUAGAGAUGCUCUGUUGUAUAAACCCUGGUAGGUUUCCAGUGCUUGCUCAUUAAACGUGUAGAAUAAGUGAAAACUGAAGCUUGGGUUAAAUGUUUGAACCAGAGAUCAGUCACCGUUCCCUAGUUUCUGAAGCUUACUGGGUAUUCCAAUAGAGAACUUCUAGAAUUUUCUGGCCUAGAAUCCUAGGAUUCCUGGAUAUAGGAGGAACUUGAUUAGGGACCUAGGCAAGAACUGAGAGGUAGCAGAGUCCAUGACUCACUUGAAUUAGGGAACUCAAGAGUAUUGCCAAGUUCACCAAACUAGGCCUUUUCUAAAACAUGUACUAAGCUAAGAGAGAACAGGGCUGUCUGUGCUGAUAAAAUCAGAAAUGUCUGUGUGCUUCAUUUCUCUCAGUCUGUUUUACCUGUCCCCUUUUGAUUCCAGGAAGAUUUCCUUAGCAAUAGAUAACAGACUCCUUCAAAAGAAAAAGAAAAAAAGACAGGUGUCUAAUACAGGCAGUAAAUGGUGUUGUCAGUAGAUAUGGCUAAUAUGGUGUACAUAUUUUCUAGCUCUGGGGGCAUCUCAGUUGCGGUGGGAUUGCAUAGUAUGUAUGGGGAUUGGUCCCUACCACUGAAAAAUCAAAAUGCAGUUUUUACCAGGAGGUGAAUGUAACACAUGGACCGUUUUCAAGUACCUAAGAAAACAAAAUUCAAUCGUUAGUCAGUUCUGUCUACACAGCCUUCCUUUAAAGUUUUUCUGUUGUUUGUUUGUUGUUUUAAGAUUUUUAAACUUGUUUUAGGAGAGACAUACAAGACUGUCAUCCCACCACCAAGUUUCACCUAGAUUAACAGGCAAGUUUUGACAUUUGAUAUUUUAACUUGUGGGAUUUCCCCGAAUAUUUUUUGAUUCUCAAAUUCUGAGGUCUGUCUGUUCUGGGGGAUUGUCUAACAAUCUUAAAACCACAAGUCCUACCUGAUGCCGAAGCCACCAGGCCUCUCUUGUGUAUCAGGAGAAAAACAACCAAGCUGGCUUAGCCCUUUGGGGACCAACCUGGUACCAGCUUUGCACUUUGCCUGGGAGAACUAUAUCUCAGAGGAAGGUAAUUGGGGGGGAAAGCAGGUUAAAAUCUAGAUACGAUUUCUGUUUACUGCAGGGGCAGAGAACAGUUUCAGGAGUUUGUCUACUUACUCAGGACACCAAGUUCCUAACAGUGAACUUGGGCAUCUAUGGUUCCUGCGAGACAUCUCAGAUGUGUAUCUGUUCUCUGUGCUCCUGCUUUACUCUAAAUGUGAGUCCUGAGGCAGCCAGCCGUUGACUUGGGGCCCUGUGCCAGGUUACUCGUAUAUCAGGUCCCCUCUGCUUCUGACAUCUAGUUGUUUCUUCACCCCCUAUCCUCUAGCUAUGAUCAGUGUGUAUUUCACCCAAGAAACAGAAUUAUUUUUUUUAUGCAUAUGGGUGUUUUACCUGCAUAUCUUUACACCACACAUGUGCCUGCUGCCUUUGGAGGUUGAAGAAGAGCAUCAGAUCCCCUGGAACUGGAGUCAUAGACAGUAGUGAGCUGCCCUUUGUAUGCUGGAGCCUCUGCAAAUAAAUAAAAAGUGCUGUUAGUGGCUGAGCCAUUUCUCCAGCCCCCUUCUCUCUGAUCUUAAAGAGCAGCUUUUCAAUGUUUAAAGUUGCUAGAUCAUGAUUGGUGAAAUUCUUCUAUUUAUGAAUAAAGAGGUAAGAGCAGAUGGUCUGUCAUUCUGAGAUCAGGCAUUGGUCGUUAGCUGUGUGCUUUCAUAAGCUGAAACACUGGGGACAACUUGGUGGCUUCAGUACAAGCAUGUGCGGUCAGAAAGACCCGUGUUCUCCGGGGGUUGUUUUUCAGACCUGUGCUCCAGUGAGCUAGGUAGAAAGUCCCAUGUAUUCUCAUGCUUUGUGAGCCGUUUCUAGGCUAGCUGAUUGCUGAGCUGCUGUGAGCGCUAUCUUACCCUCCUCUUUGCCUAGGGAGAAUGCACCUCAGCGGCGUUUGUGAAUGCUUGUUUCCUGUGAGCCAGCUGUGUACUGUGUCACUAGCAGCUUGAAACUGACAAAAGGUGACAGUACACGCCCCCCUCUACCCUUUUUAUUAUACAAAGUACGAUCCUUCCUUGCCUCCGUUUUAAACUCCAGCUUUACUGCAAUUAAUUGACAGGCCCCCCUCUGAUACUGUUUAAGUGUUCUGAUCCCUCAUUUACUGUCUUUUUUUUUUUUUUUUUUUUUAAAAGGCAGGAUUUCUCCGUAUAGCCUUGGGUAUCUUAGAACUCUGUAGACCAGGCUAGCCUGGAAGUCAGAGGUCCACCUGCCUCUGACUCCUGAGCACCGGGAUUAAAGGCGUGUGCGCCACAACCACCUGCCCCGUUGCUUGCUUUUUAAGAUAGGUGCCUAGAUGAUACGUUUGGGCAUUUUGACCUACUAGUGUACUUUUUCUCAGAAUCUUUCUUGGUUUGUGUGUGGACAUCCAUUUCUUGUUGACAAGACUUGCUUUUCCAUUUCUACAGGUGUCUGUAGUCGAUACAAAAUAUUUAUAUAAUACAUGUUUAUAACAGAGGCCUGGGGUACUUUUGAGGCAACCUGUAAUCUGUAGCCACCCACUGAACCUCCGGGGUCCCCAUUGGAAGAUAAAAGGCCGCUGCAUCUGUGGUUCAUCCAGAACAGAACUUCAGACAGUUGACUAAGGAUUCCAGCUAGAAGCACUUCAGGGCCUGACCCAUGAGAGAAGGUCCAACCCGAUGCGAGCCAGCUGCUUCCUUUGUGCUUUCCGGAAAGGCUCUGGCAGUCAGAAUGAAUAGGCCAGUGUGUGACUUGAAAGCUGUUUUUAACAUUGAUUGGUUUGUCUGUUUUUCUUUUGAGAGGUUUUUCUUUGUUUUGGUUUUGAGUUUUGGUAGGUUGGUUUUGGUGGGGUUUUUUGUUUUUUUGAGCCCUUAGGAAUUCAGUGAUGACCCUUUCUGGCUAAAGAACCAGAUUUAGGUCCUUAAAUAGAUUUUCCUUCUCAGACCUCAACUUGAUAUUACCAAAAAACACACUAGAAUAGCACAGUGGGUGGGAUUAGAACAGUCCGUCUUAGAGAUCAGAUGUAUCAUCGGAGCCCUUUUCUUACAGAACACUCUGAACUUUUCGUCUCAUGUCCUCUUCCUUUGUGGCAGAUACUGGAAAUACGCACUUACGUCCUUUAGACAUGCCCAGAUCUGCUCUCCUUGGUAAAGGAUGAUAAAUAUUUGCAGUCUGCCAACUGGGACUUAGAUACUCUAAAGUCAGGUGUGGCGGCAGCUUCACUGAGGUCAGACUUCUAGAAGUCAAGUUUUAUUCUACAUCACUUGCUAGCUACAGCCUUGUGUACCUUAUCUCAGUGAAUCUUACGGAUUAUAGGCCUUGCUAGAAUCCAGGAGAGAGGAAACUGGCCACAACUUACUGUAGAUUUCAUAACUUAUUGUAAGUUUUUGCCUGAUUGACUGAAAUAAUUUUGAAAGUCUGUAUAAAAUACGAUUUCGUCAUCAAGUAACACCGUCAUCCAAGCUUGGCACAUGCUUUAAGAGGGGGAAACAGAAGAGAGGGCGAGAAGGCAAGAUGGGUGGCUUAGUAGGAUCAGGUAGCGCCAGAGCUUGGCACCAAAGUUUCUAAUGAUUUCACGUGGAGGACCACUUGUGAUCCACCCUAGGAAGACUUGCCAGAACGUAGCGGUUUCUGCUACACAAUACAGUGCCUUCCAAUGAUGUUAUGUGUGAAUUGCAUGCAAUCUCAUGUAACCCUGGAAUAUAACAUGUAUGUGCAUGAUCUGUCCAGAAUGUGCAAAGCUAGGAUUCAGCAGAAAGGGCUGAGCCCUGUUGCUGAUGGGUCAGCAAGCUGCUGGAGUUGAACUUGUGACUUAGGCUUUUAGCCUUGGAUCCUGGGGUUUGCACUAAAAUGAUUUUGUCACCCAAUCAGAUCUGUCUCCCUUUUAGCUCCUUUCCUACUUUGCAGCUUUGCUGAUUUUAACUGCUUCAUUCUUCUGCUUCUUGGUAUCUUUCUUUUGAAAUAAAAAGACACAAUACCUAA